CCUAGCAUGCCUAGCUAGGCUACAUUCAUUAUGUAUUCUUUAAGCAAACUUCAUCUCUCUUCUUGGGCUAUUGGAAUCUUCAUAAUUCAAGGAAAAUAUGGCAACCCAAAUCCAUGGUAGGCCAUUGAAGAACACAGCAAUUGCCACAAAGGAUUUGGUUGAAAAAGACACUGAAUUUGAGGAGGAGGAUGAAGCAGAGGGUGAAGAUGAAAGUGUUCUAAUUGGAGAGAGUAAUCACUUGAAGAGAAAAAGAUUGAAUCUUGAAAAGAAGAAAGGAUCAAUUAGUGAUGGUGGCAUUGAUGGAGGGGUGGUGAUGCAAGUGCAACACAGUUGUCAGGUGGAGAAAUGUGGGGUUGAUUUGAGUGGUGCUAAGAAGUACUAUAAAAGGCACAAAGUUUGUCAAGUUCAUGCCAAAGCUCCUAUUGUUCUGGUUGCUGGUUUAAGGCAGAGGUUCUGUCAACAAUGCAGCAGGUUCCAUGAGCUCUCAGAAUUUGAUGGCACUAAAAGGAGUUGUCGCCGGCGUUUGGCUGGACAUAAUGAGCGGCGUCGCAAAACACCACUGGCCAUUAAGCUGGAAGAAAACCAAUGCAGGCAGAUCAAUGGGGAACCCAGGCCACAGAUGGAGACCUUGUCCAGCAGAGAUACCUCUUUCAACAAUUAUCACAUCCACUAAGAUGAAUGCUUACUCUCUUCUGUCAAACCGUGGGAUCUUUCUUAUCCCUUUGUGUUGUUAAUUUGUAGUCAGACCUAACGCUAGAUGUAUGUUCAGUUACUACUACAACUGCAGCUGUCACAAGAGCUCCUAUCUUUGAGUUCUCAUGGAUGAAUUCCAAAUAUGUAUGGUACGAUAUCAGUGUAUUACGCCUUCAAUGCUUGUAAUGGAACUUUCUUGCAUGCAUUGUCA